GGGUUGUAUUUUCCCUAACUUUGGAAUCAAGUCUGAGUCAUUCUUUGCGGUCUUUCUUCGCGUAUGGCGAUGAUAGACGCCCAAAGUUUGAUAGAAAUCAAGAACAAAACCUGGACAGACGUACUGCACCGACUUCUCUACCUUUUUCUAUUAUAUAUAGGAGUCUACACUCAUGUUCAACUUGCUAACUUGUUCUUGGCUUAAAAAUAUCCAAAACACAAAAAUGGCAGCAGUUGUGGAUUAUGAGCUGCGUGAGAAGGAGCUGAAAGCAUUUGACGAAAGCAAAGCCGGCGUCAAAGGAAUUACAGACUCUGGGGUGACCAAGCUCCCAGGCAUGUUCAUACACCCUCCAGAGGAUCUUCUCAACUCAGCUGUCCCAAUAGAUGAUGAGCAAUAUCAGGCGAAGAUUCGCAAACUUCAGUUUCCGGUGAUUGAUCUCAGCGGCUUUAAUAACAGUGAGAAGCGAAAAGAGAUCGUCAACGACAUAUACAAAGCAGCCGAGUCGUGGGGCUUCUUUCAGUUGGUGAACCAUGGAAUUCCACUUGAAGCUAUGGAGAGGAUCCAGAAAAGUAUACGCGAGUUUCAUGAGCUUCCCCAGGACGAGAAGGCGAAGUGGUACUCCCGUGAUUUCAAGCAGAAGGUUAACUUCUUCAGCUUUCAUGGAGAUUUGAAGGCGACGACGCCAGCUGACUGGAGGGAUACCUUGUCAUGCAAGAUUCUAGAAGACCCGAAAAGCUUUGAAGCAAUACCGCAAGUGUGCAGACGAGAAGUGAAUGAGUACAUGAAACACAUGGAUGGAGUGGUAGAGACGAUAUCCCAAUUAUUUUCAGAAGCUUUAGGUCUUAAUAGUGAUUAUUUUGCAAGCACAAAGUGCUUCACGGCGAGGUCAUUGGCGUGCCACUAUUUCCCAAAAUGCCCAGAACCUCAUUUGACUAUGGGAGGAACCAAGCAUACAGAUCUCGGCUUUCUCACUUUGCUUCUCCAAGACAGAGUUGGCGGCCUGCAAGUACUUCAUCAAGAUGUUUGGAUCGAUGUUCCUCCGGUGAAGGGAGCUUUGCUAGCCAAUCUUGGUGACAUGAUGCAGAUAGUUACAAAUGGUAAGUUCAAAAGCGUGGAACACAGAGUUUUGUUGAAACCAACCGUGGAGCCACGUAUCUCAAUUGCAUGUUUUCUGAGUACAAACGACCUUGAAAAACCAUAUGGGCCGAUCAAGGAGCUUAUAUCGGAAAACAAUCCACCGAUUUUCAGCGAAGUGAAAUUUGGAGAAUAUAUGCAAAAGUAUAAACUAUAAGUUCCAUAAUUUCCAUUAGUUUGGAGUUUUGUGCCGGGAGUUGAAAGUUAUGGACGUAUGAUUAUCCUGUCAUAUGCAUGGUUAUGUUUAAUUUUGCUCUCA